AUGCCUAGCCGAUUUUUAAAAACUCAUUAUCGACGAGAUCGCGUCUCCGAUAUAUGGGAUGAUUGUGAACGUCUACAACAGAGUGGGGAAUAUGUAUUAGCAGAUAUGUUACCGGAGCCAUCAAACCAUGACGAUAUAGUUCACUUUAAGAACGAUCCUUUAGGUGUUUCAAAUAUUUCCUCAGAGAAUCACAAUGAAUAUGAUAUCGUUUCCGAUAGCAAGAAAAAAAAGACUGGAGGAAAGAAACCCAAGUCCAAGUCUGUUAGAAUCUCUGAACCAUCUAUUACCCAGAAUCAGCCAACGCCUACAAGCCCGGAGAGUUCAGAAGGUUUAAAUAUUAGCAGAGAGGAUCUGAAUGCAUUUUAUGAAAAAGAAGCUAAGAGAGACGAAAAAAAUAAAGCAGAGAUCCUCUUUAGACUUAAGAGCGCUAAAUAA